AUGCAUGCAACAAUUCGUCCCUUCAGGCAUCGCCUCGUCAAAAAGUGGGUCUACGGGGUAACAAUUGCUGCUGUCUGGGUUUUAGCUGCAAUGGUAUCAACUGCCAGUAUAAUACUUGAGCAAUAUGGGAAGGAAUGGUCGUAUCAUAUUUACUUAUUGCAAUCAUACUGUUUUUUGUGUCUAUUUGUUAUCUGUGUUUCUUACUCUUGCAUUGUUGCUAAAUUUUUGUGUGGAGCGCAUCCCCAGCACCAUGGUGCAGCCAACAGACAAAGGAAACUGACCGUAACAUUAUUCAUAAUGACUAUCGUAUCCUUACUGAUGUGGCUACCACAUGCGGUUUUUCUUUUUCUUUUUAUUCAAUCUAGAUCUAGUAUCAUGAAAUUCCUUUCUUUCCAGGAAUUUGCACGUUUGGACUUGUCUUUAACCAUUCUAUAUUUGAUGAACUCACUU